UCUGUUUCAUGUAAGUUUUUUUUAUACUGUUUAGCUGAAUUUGCGCGGCUAUGUUUAGCUGUAAAUAUGUCUCAUUUGUUAGUUUUUGUGCAAGAGAAACUGCAGAAUUGUGUGGUAAAUAUAGCAAACAAAACGAUAUCAGGUUAUUUGGACUCAGAAGAAAUGUAUGCAAAUUUUUUUGAAGCCUUGAAAAAAUUAGGAUAUGUCUAUUCUACUCGACAGAGUUAUGUUUAUGCAAAGGGUACAGAGGACUAUAAUGGAAAGAUGAAGAUUUUUUUCCGAUACAGGUGUAGUAAGUUGGGACACGUUCCUGGCAUUGAUUUCUUUGGCUCACCGUUCACGAUCGAGAAGGUGUCCAACAUGCAGUGCUCUCGCGGCCCCAGGUACUACCCCUCCAAGCAUCGAUCGCCUGAUGACCCAAGACCUUUACAAAGGAAGAGAACUUUUACCAUCACAAAGAAACUUGGGUGCCCGGCUGUAAUGAGUGUUCGGUGUGUGAGAGUCUACCCUGAAUUUGCUUCCACAGGCUCGGAGAGGAAUAAACAUAAGAUGGCACGUAAACUCAGAGUAGCACUGAAAGAAAAGUCUUCCGUAAUCAGCUACCAUCGCUUCUACAUCAGUGUCAGCUCUGAAGACAGUCACAACCAUCCCAUAACACCUUAUGGCAAACCUUCCGUAGCAAUUGCACGGCGGCGCCAGCAAAUCAUUCAUCCAGAGCUUGUAUCCGAAAUUGAAAGACUAGUAGAGCAAGGCAUCACGGCCACGAGGGAAGUGAAAUUGCUACUUGAUCAAUAUGUACGAAGCAAGUUUUCUGGCGACAAAGAAUUAAAGAAGCAAAGUAAAGCCUUUUCUCCAAAAGAAUAUGUAAUUACUGCACAUGUGUUCCGUGCAAUCUUUUCCCAGAAAAGAGACCUAAUCGAUCAAGAAGUACUGCAGGAAACCAUCAACGAAUGGAAAAUUCAAGAUAAUGAUGACCUAUUUUUUUUCCGGCCCUAUGAAGUUGUUUCUGCUGGUGGUGUGCACACUCUGCUGUUUUGCCACCAGACAAAGUGGCAACAGAAGUUAAUGUUGCGGUAUGGUAGAAUGUGCCUGCUGGAUGCAGCCUAUAAAACUAUUAAGUAUGCUUUGCCACUGUUCUUUAUAGCAGUCAAGACCAAUGUUGGCUACAUUGUUGUUGGUACUUUUGUUGUGCAGUCUGAAAACACCACAUUAAUCACAGAAGCAUUAAAUGUAUUCAAGGAAUGGCUUCCAGAAUGGCAACCACAAUUCUGGAUGACAGAUUCCAGUGAGAUGGAAAUUGGUGCAAUUGAAAACACCUUCCCUGAAAGCACCAUAUACUUGUGUGCAUUUCACAGGGAACAAGCCUGGGUAAGGUGGGUUGGGGAGAGUGGUAAUGUAGCGUGUGGUGAUGCGGAAGAGAUUCUCAGUAUGUGGCGCACUAUUGCAGCUUCAGUUGACAAAAGUGAGUUUGACUGCAAUGUAGGAGAAAUGAACACCAGCAUCGUCAUGCAAGGAAAUCCUAACGCAUCACACUAUUUUGCUACUCAUUGGCUACCUGAAGCACCCAGAUGGGUACAGGCCUUCAGUGACAAAGAUUUUGAGACAAUAGUCCAUGUUAAUAAUGGUAUUGAAAGCCAAAAUAAAGUGCUGAAGCAUUCAUAUCUGUGUUACAACUCUGACAAAUCUCUCACUGGGAUGCUCAAGACAGUUAUAAACAGCUAUUUACCAGAUUUAUACAGAGAAUAUUGCUAUAAGAAUUCUUCUUCUAAUAAUUUCAGUUCAGAGAUACCUUCGUAUCUGAUGAACAGGCCGAAGCACUUCAUAAAACACAUUCUCGCUGGAAUAAGUGCAGCCAGAUCUGAGUUUAGUGAAGACUCCAUUACAGAAGUUACGGAUAGUAUUUUUGCUGUUCAAAGUUGUACAGAUAAAACUAUGUUCCACUGCGUUGAUUUUAGUGAUGCUACCUGCAAUUGCAUUGACUUCAUGAAAUAUAGAUUUCCUUGCAAGCAUAUGUGUGCAAUAUUUGAAUUUUUACCUGCUUAUAGUUUUCUUCGGCUGAACUCUGCAUAUAUCAACAGUCCGUACAUCACACUUGAUUCUGAUCAUGGCUACUUCACCGUGACAGGAGUCAUAAAUUCUUCUUCAACAGCAGCCCCAACCUCCAAAAAUGGUGAUCCAGAUAAAACCCAACCAACCUGUGACAUGACUGAAGAACAUGGCCUACAAAUUUUAACUUGUCAAUCACAUACAAAAAUAACACCAACACCACCAACAACAACAACAACACCAACAACAACUCGGGACACGUGCAACCUGAGUGAAGGACAUGAUGCAGACAUUUUAACCAUCCAUUCUUCGCAAUCUUGGAACAACUGUGACCAGACUGUGGAAGUUUCAACCAGUGAACCAUCACAAAGAAGUGGCAUUUUAUCAGCUCAGCAACGUUUUCGAAAUACGUAUGAAAGGUUGAUUGAUCUUUCAUGUUUAUGUAGUGAUGAACAGUUUUUGGAUGAGAAAACAACACUUCUACUUGAGAUACAUAAACAGAUGGAAAAAAAAAUAAAGGGUGGCUCCCGGUCACCCCUCAAAAACUCAGUUUCACCGCAGACUUCACAGACAGCUUUGCAGAGGAUAAAGGCAAAGUACAGGAUGCUGCCCUAGCACAGAAACUGUUGGAAAUCUCUACGGAAGUGUAGAGUCGUGCGUGGAAAUGCAGCUGGCCGUCCUGCCGAGGGGCAGCUGAUGCUGGCUGCGUGAGAGAGAGAGAGAGAGAGAGAGAGAGCCAGCGUCCAGUCUCACUGCCAGGGAGGGGCAGUGUCACGUAGCUGAAGCAUUGUGAUGGUGCGAGUUUGACUGGGCAUCAACGCUCAUCACCAUCAUGGUGUUGCAUCGGGUCACGGUUCACAUGUGUGACCAACCAAACUCAACAACAACCAAGCCAGAGAAUGUGAACUGAAUCUUGUAUGUGGUCUGUCUCAAAAUCAUUAAGCCAUGUGAAGGUUUGAAGAAGGUUAAUUUUUGAAUAUUUGUAUUUCCGUUAAUGGUUUUAUAAUAGUAUGUGUUUUUAUGUUGUGUGCUACAGUCUACGAAUUGUACAUUUUUCAUGUUAAAAAAGAACCAAACAGUCGUGUGACAGCAGUGUGACAUUGUGAAUGUACUUGUGGGGCAAAGACAUUACCUACUUCAUGAGCAUGAUCUCAGAGGUGUUGCCACCUCAAGUGUGUAUAUGUACUAGUUAUGUAUUUGCCACAGUCAUUACUUUAUGUGUGUUUUUCUCAGAAAUAUCUUGGCUUGCAUGUUGCAAAUUCACAUUACAUAAUUUACCAUGAAAGCUUGUGAUGUAUGUAAAAAUAUAUAUAUAUAUAUUUUUUUUUCAUAUGUACAUAAUAAGAAUCAUACAUCUAGCCACAUGAGAUACACAUUUAGCCAUUUCUCUAUGCCAUUAUAUUUUCAUAAUAUUGCUGUUCCGUAGUAAAAUGGUCUAUAUUCAUUUUUGGUUCCUCAUCUUUGAGUUGCUUUAGGAUUGAUUUGACCCAUUGCUGUUCAUGAUUUCCAUCCUACGAGUGCUCCGAUAGCUUUCCAAGCACAGAAAAAGUGUAUUGCAAGUAAUAUAUUUUAAUUUUACAGUGACAUUACCACCACCAUCACUACUGCUGGUAUGCAUAUAAACAGUGUUUCCAUAAAUCACUGGACAGCUGCUAAGGCCGAAAGGCAACCCUCUUCCCUAAAGAAACCUUUUGUGUUAACUUUCAAGUAGGGGGUGCGAAGGAAUCCUGUGACACUGUAAACAAUCAAACAAGUGGGUGUGGCAGCAGGUGGGCAUGGCACCACGUGGCCGGGUGGGGCGUGGCCAGGAGCCACAUGGAAGGAAUCCUCAGGUGGUUGUUGACAUCACGUGGAGCGUGGUCUGCUCGGGCGACCGCAUCUUGGUUCUAAUUUAGGAAGCUAGGGAGCGCUAGUGUCGUGCACCGCAUUAAUUUUUACAAGACAAAAAUGGGAGGUAUCGUGGCGCCGGAGAUUCGAUCCGUCAACCUUCAAAUUCUUCUGCAGCAUUAACCAUUAAACUUGGCUCACUCUGCUCUUGUUCUAAGUCUUUACAUUUCGUGUGACAUUUGGGUAUGUAGUCUCAGUUGGGCAUUGCAGAUUGCUCAUCCUAGGGGAUGGUAUCCCUCUACUCUGUCAUUGCUCAACGGGCAUGACUUGCUUCCAUGCUUAAUACUGCCUCUGUGGUGCAUAUGGCUGUGCAGUGUGUGAAGUAGCUCUUGUUGAAUUUUCUGAGUGAUAGAUGAAUGACUGGGAUAAUGUGAAAUUGUGGUGGCUCCAUGUGGUUGAAGCUGGGUCUCUGGCAGGAGUUUGGUUAAAUGGCAGUUGCUCUUCUGAUCUGACUUUGAAGAUCUAGGAGGCCUUUGUGGUGGCAUUGCAUCAGUACUUGAUGUUGAUGCUUGUCUACUCCGUCUUCCUGAAGUUCUGUCUUCUGCUCUUGCAUGGCCAGAUGGUUGUACUUCCCAGCUUACAUUUGCAUCUCUUAACUUGCAGACAGCUUUGUAUUGGUGCCAGACCAGAAGUUAAGAUUUUACAUAAUAAUGUGAUUGAAUCAACAAACUUUUCAUGAUAUGGUGUAGCAGAAACUAUGUGCAAGCCUAUACUGUAACAUCACUCUCCAACACGACUGCAAUGCUGUAGUACUGUAGUGACCGGCACCGGUCAGUUCUGCUGAUUUACGACAGUCCAAAUUAUCAACUUACGCUUUGUUAAUAGUCUAGAUUAGCCGGUUUUCAUGAAACCAUUUAUGUAAUUCUGGAACUGGGUUUAAUUAUUCAAUAUACUUUGCUAAUGCUUUCACGGAAGGACGUUGUAAUAUUCCAAGUAGUUAAUUACCUUAACGAUUUUAUUCUUGAGUAAUUUGUUUACAUGUAGCAUGUUGUGGAGACAAAGAGUAAUAUUAAAUUUCAAGGUUAGGUGUUACAUUUGAUUUUCUGAGCAUUCAUGUCACCAUUUUUCUAGUUUUUAAUAAGUUUUACCAUAUGAUGUUGCUGGAAUUCAUCUGUCUUCUAACUACCGAGUAUUUUAUAAUCCUGUCUGAAUUUCAAAGUGCCUUUUCGGACUUUGGCGAGGAACAUCUGCACUGCUCAAAAACAGAAUUUGCUGGGUUUUAUUUUUUUCGAAAAUCCGCUAAUCUAGGGCUUCACUGCACCUUUGGUAGUCGUAGUUAAAGUGCCACUCUCUUAAGGCGAGGGGUCUGGUUCGUCCUCCGCACGAAUCCAAUUUUCAAAAACCAAGUUGGCACACGUGUGACGUAUCACGUCUGGCACAUGGUUCAGUCAUAACACUUAAUUUCCACAGCAUACACAUACAUAAAUAUACAUACGACACAUAUAAAUAUAUAUAUAUAUAUAUAUAUGAACUGUAAUAUUUUUUAUAGAACUUGUAAUACAUUUGUAUUGUGCUGUUUUCACAUAGCUCAACAAAACACUGGUGAGUUUUUCUGGGCAUGGGCUACAUUAUUCCGCUUCUGCAGUUACAAAGCAAACACAGGAAGAACGAUGACACCAACUAACACAUGCAAUUAUGAAAAAAGCUCUAUAAUUUUCUUAUUUUUAUGUAAAAUUUUUUUCUUACAGAACCUGAAAUAAUGAAAUCGUUUAUAGAGUUUUUUUUUUUGUUAAAUUUUAAACAUAUGAUUAUAUUACAAAACUUAAGCACUACCAUUUUUUUUUACCAAAUAUUAUGUGCUGAACAGUAGCACAAACUUGAUAGCCAACAGGGAACCUCGUCAUACAUUUUAGUUGCUACCCCUUGAAUGUACCUAUCGACUUGAGACAUGAUAAUCAGAGCAAUAAUUAAUGUUCUUUAGGUUUUUAGUAAUUAGACUGGACCUUGGACCUGACUCAUAUUCCUUCAGUAAAAAAGUUAAAACAAUGGCUUUGAGUUCAAAUGUAGCUUUUAUUUGGCUCAUUAAAUUGAAGGGUUGAUUGAAAAAGUAAGCUUUUAAAAAGGUUUUGUGACUUCAUGAAUGUCUGCAUUAACAUCAACUUUGAUUCUGUAUAGUCUGUUGCCCAAGAAAACUGGUCCAAAGUAAAGCAUUUUGAUUAUUUCUUAAUUAAAAAUAAAAGAUUCUCUGUUUUUGUCUUACUAGUCCAGCUUGUUAUAACUUUUGAUUUAAUGUGCUAUAAACAUGUUGCUUAUACCAUAAUACUUGCAACACAUAAAAUUUCAUUUUUGUAUUUUAUUUUAUAAGACUUAAAGUUAUAACUCUCUGUUUGGUUGAUGAUCAUUAAAAGAAUAUUUUCUUUAUUUGAAGAAGUUAAACAAGUUUAUAAUUUGAUAAACACGUGUGGAGUUUGAAGUUUACUGUUGUAUCUGCUACAUAACUGAAGUGCUAUGCUUCAUAAGAAUCAUAUUGGUUAUAUUUUACAAAUAGCUUUAAGCUGUUGACAAUUUUUUCUAGUCAUAUUUUCUGUGUAUUAGUGGUGGUAUACAUUGACAUUUUGCUGUUGUUAUUUUACAAUGGAAUUUUUUUGAUUAGGCAGUGUUAUUUGUUGAUUAUUAAAGAUAUAUAUUUAGUAAAUGAUCAUAUGAAUGUAAAAUAACUUAUACAGAAAAAUUGUUGUAUACAGUCUAAGCUUUAAUGUUAAUUAUAAUGUGGUUUUAUAAAUUUUUGGAAAACAGUAAUGUCAGGGUGAUCUAUGGAUACCAGUUGGGUUUUCAAAUAUGCUAUUUUAUUAACAAAAUUGUAAUUGUUACAUGGAUUGAUAACUUAAUGUAUUGAACUGUGACUUAAAUUUUUUUUCUAAAGCUUAUUUGUGUUAAAGUCCAUACAGGAAUUGUUGAGUUGGAUAUUUUUUAUGAAAUAAAAUAUUUUUUCAAUUGA